CUUCGGUAGUUCAUGGCACAUUAUUGCUACUGCUUUUCAUAAGAACCCUUUCUCUUGGUUUUUUGACCAAAUAUGAAGGAGUUUACGGAAAGUUGUCAAGUGGCCCCGGUCAAUCGUUAAUUUAUAUAAGAACAAGUUGGGAUAAAUUAAAGAUAUUGUUUUCAAUCGAUUCUUUUAGAUUAGACCUACUGCAGGGAGUAGAUUUUAUUGAUCGAAAAAUAAGAAAAUUCAAGCAGGUCCUAAGUUCUGAAAAAACAUUUGUCAACAUGAAUGAAUCAGCAUCAAGGAAAAAAUUUUCAUAUGAAAAUCUCAUCGAACUACUGCACCUCAAGCAAGAAUCAAACCCAAUUGCAUCACAACACUUCUACUCUUAUGGAAUAACCUAUCUUCUAGCCUGUCAUGAAGAUGGCCUUCAGAAGCAUUUUUUCUGCAGCGAUGAGUUCAGGGAUAUUUCAACGGAACUUUUGGACUUAUUUUCACUGAUCGAAACCGAUGAAUCAGUGGAAAGGUUUAAAAAAAUAUUGACCGAACAGCUAUUGAAUUGUACUGAUUGUGUUAGAACAUAUCAUGCGCAAAAAACAAAAUUAAAGCGAAGAAACUUAGUUGCAUAUAAUGAUACUCGGAGCGUUAAUAGAACAUUCUCAAUUAUUGAUUCUUGGGACGAAGAUAGAAUCAUCACUGCUCUGACAACAUUAAAGCUUCAACACACGGAUGCGGAAUCCUCGGAUGUUGGGCCGUCACGGAAAUCAGUAGAAAAGACAUUGACCACAAUAUUUUAUGAGAUGUUAACAAGUUUAAGAUUGUUCAAAAAUCCUUCCGUCAAUUUGCUUUUUGCUCAAGUGUUUCAAGCCAACGGACUAAGCGAUAUACCAUUAACGCUCCGACAAGAAUUUCCGGUUGGCGUCUUUAUUGCUUCUGUUCAUGAAUUCGAUUCCAUUCGAAAAUGGGCAUGGAAGCAUAUGAGCGGAAAUUAUUUGAUCAAGUGGGACACCUUUGUUAACAGUGGAUACAGCGAUUUGGUGAAAGUCAUCAUACAACACUUUCGCAAUUUAGGUAAAAAGAAACAAGAUUAUCCAUUUACAAAAAAAUUACCAGCAUUUUGGAAAGGUGUUAGGAGGAUUCUGAGCUGCUUAGAUUCGAGUGCUGUUGAACAUGGACUUUGUAAUAGAACUAUUGAUUUUUGUAAUUUGGUCAAUUCAUUUGUGACAACCACUACCGAGGGAAGCACAUUUAUUGAAAUUGGGAAGUGUCUUAAAGUGCUCUUUGAAAAACUAGAAAAAACAUUUUGGGAACACUCUUCGCAGCCUCCACAGAUUGUUGUAGGGAACGCCUUUAAAAGCGAGGCAUUUAUGAAAGUGGCAGUACAUUUUCCAAAUCAAUGUAAACACUUGUUUGAAUGGGUCCCGGCAUUCACCGAAUCAUUGGUGGAUAGUACCGAUUUUAAGGAUAUACUUAAAGAUCUUCUGGAAUGGCUGUUAGUCGCGUUCCAGAAAGCAAAUUUACCCAUCGAGUUGUCACUUGAAUCAUUAAAGGUGGGCACGAGGAUACUCGAACAGCAUAACCAACAACUUGACUCCUCUUUGCGCGGAAAAUUAAAGAUCAUUUUAUCAGGCAGCGAUGUGAUAUAUCAUACUGUUGCAAGUGGGGAACAUUAUAAUCUUAUUGCAGAUUUACUAUUAUUAUCUGAUAAAAAUUCCGUCAUAUCGUCGAAUCUCGAUGAGUUUGGCUCGAAACUGAAUCCAAUUGUUUUGGACUCUAAUGAGGUUCCCUCGCAAAGUGUAAUUCCCGUGAAGCCUGCAUCCAAACCUUCGGCUUCCACCGUCAAAAAACCAAUAAUCAAAACUUCUCGUAAAAAUAAGAGAGUUCCGAUUUCAAUGAAUCCAGCCAAAAAAUCAGCCCCUAAGCAACAGGUGGGCAAAAUGUGGGAAUCAUUCGUUAAGGAACAGAGAGAGAAGAUACGGGAAUCAAUGAGUUACGCAAGAGAGAACAAUAAGAUUAUACCUACCAAGACGAAUACUCCGGAAUUAAAAGUUGAUGCGGGUUCGGUCUCGGGCGAACAUAAGAAGUCGGACCCAAUAAUACUGCGCAAACCUCCAGCAGCUCCCCGACGGACGAAAUUGCUUGACAUAAACGAAGUGAUCUCUUAUGAUGUCAGGCGUGCACGAGCAGAAAAAGAACGUCGAGAGAAAGAAGAUGUCAUGCAUCGGUUAAAGCCUAAUUUGAAAAAUUUAUACAAAACAGUAUUGUCCUGGGACUUCGAUACCGUAGGGGAUAUUCCGCCAAAUUCAUCUCAGUCAUCAUAUAAACAAGUACCCGAUCGCUUCAAUUCCGUGGAGGAAUAUCAAGAAAUUUUUGAGCCCCUCCUAAUUCUUGAAUUAUGGCAAGGGUUUAUGCAGAGCAAGGAGGAGGUCGAUGAAAAUGACGUUUAUAACGUAAUCAUCGAACAUAAUGCAUCAGUUGAUGAUUUAGUGGAAGUUUCAGCUUUUUCGAAUAUACCUUUGAGAACCCUAAGCGAAAAUGACCUUUUGCUGAUAAAACAAUCUGAAGAGAAGCAGCAGCCUGACAAAAGAGACCGCAAUGUUCCACCCAAGAAAUGCCUUUCAUUGGUGAAAUGGAGUUCAUCCAACAAACUAAGCAUGCAAUGCUAUUUUGAAAACAGUUUGAAUAAUUUCAGGAGCGACCUGAGGCCAGGAAGCAAGUGGAUUAUAGAGAAGGUUUUUAGUUUAACGCCUGCAGCGCGAGAAUAUGCCGCCUUGAAAGCGAUGCCAUACUUUAGUUUUCGCAAUUUAUUGCUACAACCUGAAAUUCCCUCAUUUUCACCUAUCGCCUCAGGAGAUGUUCAAAAGUAUAUGAAGCUCUAUAAGAUAAAUGAAUCACAGGCGGAGGCGAUCUGUAAAGUUCUUCAGAAAAAACAUGGGUUCUUAUUAAUUCAAGGGCCUCCGGGCACUGGAAAAACAAGCACUAUCGUCAGCAUAAUAAGUGCAUUAAAAGCAAAUUCAGCAACUUACAAGCAUCGCAUUUUAGCUUGUGCUCCUUCAAACGCGGCUGUUGACGAAAUGGAAAGACGUCUAAAUCAGGGAAUAUUUGACUCUGAUGGGAAUUUGAUCAAAGUUAAAGUUGUUCGAUUCGGAAAAAAUGAUAACUCGGACGAAGGAGCGGAUAAUACUAAAGAGACAAAUAAAAAUCGAUUGAUCGAACUGCAGAAAUCUUUAAACGAAAAAAAUCGAUCACUUAAAGAUCCAAAGAUAUCCGGAUGGGAUGCGUCAAUUCUGGAAGCAGAUAUUGCACAAAUUAACAAAAGUAUGGGUGAGAUUCGUAAAUCGAUGCAAACCUCCGAGUCAAGCUCAACCGAUCAAUCUGAUAAGAAAGAAAAGAACAUUCGAAAUAACAAAGACAAAGAUCUUGCUGAAGCCGACAUCAUUUGUGCAACAUUAGCUGGUAGCGGACACGAUAGGUUAUCAGCUUUCGCACAAGAAUUCGAGACCAUCAUUAUUGAUGAAGCAGCGCAGGCGAUUGAAUUGAGUUCAAUAAUUCCAUUAAAAUUCAAUGCCAGUCGAUGUAUACUUGUUGGGGAUCCUAACCAGUUGCCACCAACCGUUCUUUCGCGUGUUGCGACGCGAUACUUUUACGAGCAGAGCUUGUUUAAUAGGUUGCAAAAGUGUGUUCCAAAGUCAAUACAUAUGCUUAAAACACAAUACCGGAUGCACCCUGAGAUUAGCCGCUUUCCCAGCCUUCUCUUUUAUAAUUCCGAACUAAAGAACGCAGAAGGGUUAGAGACCAGUAGAAAGCAACCUUGGCAUGUCAAAUCCAUUUUCGCACCCUACAAGUUUUUUGACGUCAAAGGUGUCAUGUCAUACGAAAAAAAUUCUCUUUUAAACUCGGAGGAAGCAAAGAUUGCGGUCAAAUUGGUAGAUAGAUUGGUGAUAGACUUUCCUGAAGUUGAUUUUAAAGGACGCAUUGGUGUGAUAACGCCCUAUAAAAGUCAGCUCUCGGAGAUUCGGAAACAAUUUAGAAAUAAACUUAACCGUGACCUGUACAAAAAUAUAGAAUUUAACACAGUGGAUGGUUUCCAGGGCAAAGAAAAAGAUAUCAUAAUAUUCUCCUGUGUGAGAGCUGGCGAAGAAAACAGUGUUGGGUUCUUGAAGGAUCUAAGGAGGUUGAACGUAGCCUUAACGCGAGCACGAUGUUCGCUAUUUAUUCUUGGAAACCGGCGCUCUUUAGAAAGAAACGAACUUUGGAAAAAAUUAAUAACUGAUUCGAUCGAUCGCAAAUGUUUCGUCGAUUGUUCUGGCCCUGAGUUUGAACGUGAUAUUGCAACUAAGCCCGGUGGAAGUCAGAUAAUUCCCGCAAAGGAUUACAUUCCUCCAAGCUCUUCAGAUUUAAGAGGAAAUAAAAGGCCGCGCGAAGAAAACCGGGGUUAUUCUAACGAAUAUAGAAAUCUGCCUCGGCCCACUGAUAGGCGUGAUGUAAAUUGGAGUCGAGAUGACAGAAACCGUGUGUACAAUAGAGGAAAUACGUCUAUUCCUCAUAGGGAUGAUUACCGCAGACGGGAAAGACCACAGAGGAUUGACGAACGUGUUCGCAAUACCAAUAUCGAUAGAGGCGGUGACAUUUAUCAAAAUAAUAAGAGGAUCAGAAAUUCAUGA